AUGUCGUUCCGAGGCGGCCGAGGUGGUGGCGGAUUCAGGGGAGGCGAUCGCGGCGGUUUCCGCGGCGGCCGUGGCGGCGAUCGCGGCAGCUUCAGGGGAGGCGACCGUGGUGGAUUCCGCGGCGGCAGGGGCGGUCACGACUUCGCACAGGGUCCCCCCGACACCGUCGUUGAGCUCGGCAAGUUCACGCACGCUUGCGAGGGCGAGAUGGUGUACAAGAUGGUGGAGACGGACAAGGUCCCCAAGUUCAACCACCCCGUCUACACGCACGAGAAGGUCGAGGUCGGUAAGGUCGACGAGAUCUUCGGUUCCACAACUGAGCCCUACUUCACGGUCAAGCCCAACCAGGGUUUCGUGGCCACGAGCUUCAAGGUCGGCGACCCCAUCUGCAUGGGUCCCUUCUCGCUGCUCAACAAGCAGAUGUUCACCGAAGAGGACAAGCCCAAGGCUCCCAGGGGUGGUCGCGGUGGCGGAUUCCGGGGAGGCGAUCGCGGCGGUCGCGGCGGUGGAUUCAGGGGCGGCCGAGGUGGUGGCGGUGGUUUCCGGGGUGGCGACCGUGGCGGUCGCGGCGGGUUCAGCCCGCGUGGCCGUGGCACCUUCACCAGGGGCGCCUAA